AUGAACCCCGAGUACGAUACCGCUCCUCUCGUCUCCAUGUACGACUACCUCUUCAAGCUCCUCCUCAUCGGUGACUCCGGUGUUGGAAAGUCUUGCUUGCUUUUGCGAUUCGCCGAUGACACCUACACUGAGUCCUACAUCUCCACCAUUGGUGUCGAUUUCAAAAUCCGCACGAUAGAGCUCGAUGGAAAGACGGUGAAGCUGCAGAUCUGGGAUACCGCCGGCCAGGAGCGUUUCCGCACCAUCACCUCCUCCUACUACCGCGGCGCCCACGGCAUCUGCGUCGUCUACGAUGUCACCGACAUGGACUCCUUCAACAACGUCAAGCAGUGGCUUCAGGAGAUUGACAGAUACGCCACCGAGGGCGUCAACAAGCUGCUCGUCGGCAACAAGAGCGAUAUGUCCGACAAGAAGGUUGUCGAGUACACCGUUGCCAAGGAGUUCGCCGACAGCUUGGGCAUCCCCUUCCUCGAGACCUCUGCCAAGAAUGCCAGCAACGUCGAGCAGGCUUUCUUGACCAUGGCCCGCCAGAUCAAGGAGCGCAUGGGAAGCACGACCGCGAACAACACGAAACCCAGCGUGCAGGUCGGUCCCGGUCACGGCGUCUCUUCGAACUCGGGCGGCGGCUGCUGCUAA